AUGGUUACGCCCAGUAUACACGAAAGGAUUUUUCAGUUAUCGAACAACAUGGCGGCCACCACAAGGGAAUCGCCGUCCUCACGUUAUCCUAGUGAGAAAUCGGUGAAAGAAGCCUUAGAUAUGCUUAAACCUCCUGGUAUUCUAUCAAAGGUUGGCCUAUUUCAUCUGAAGUUUUAUUUUGUUGCCAUAUCUGUUAUCGAAAGAAAUAUAAUUGACUUCUAAAACGUAAGAGAACGAAUUCUGUCGCGCUUUCACGAAAUAUAACUAUAUUGCGAUUUAUUUAUUAUUGACAGGCCUACAACCAAUUCCAACUAAAAAGAUAUCAGGUUAGUCCUUUUUUUUGUCUUUUAUAAGUCAACCUCUGAAUCUAUCAACCUGGGAGUUUUUGGUUCCGUCCCUCCUUCAAUUAACGUGAAUUCUUUUGAAUAGAUCAUAUGUUUUACGAUGGCAAAGUGAAACUUCUAUACCACUAUUUAUGAAAUUCAGAAUUUCUGAGACGUGUUGAGAGGUCCUUAGUAGUUUGACUGUAAGAAUGUGUUUGCAUCUGUGCCCUGAAACGUCUGGUUCCGAUCUCAGUACCUGUGCGAGCUCCCCUUUUGCGAUCGAGUCCCCUUCAUUUUCUCAAAUCCAAGAUCCAACGUUCGAACCAAUGUUUAAAGGUAUUUCAGUCAUAGAUAUCAAUUCCUUAUCAAGGAUGUGAUCAAACUCUCAGAACAAAGCCAAUAUCUAACCAUCUUGACCAAACACCUUUUCUCUUUAGAUUACACCAAACAAGUGCGAAAUAGCAUGAUAACAAAAAUAUCGUGGUUUUCACAAGUAAAUAGAAUCAUACUUUUGCCUGCAGAUGAUUUGUAAUUUAUGAUAUGUAAGUUAAGAAGUGAUCCUUAUACGUGAGCAGCAAUCAAACAGAUUGCAGAAAAGAAGCCUGAAGACAAGUCAGGCUUUUAAGGCAUUUGAACCAGUUCCUCCUGGAUACUAGUCAAAAAUUAUUAUUAUCAAAUUAUUAUUCAUAUGGUUUCAGCUGUGUUUGCUCCUUUAAUGCUUUGCAGAAUAGGGAAACAGGAAUGUUUUUUUUUGUUUAAAAUAUGGCAGUGGUUCUGAAGUAUGUCAGCUAGCUUUAUAUAAUUUAUGCAACUAAAACUAAGGAUACAAUACAGAAUGAGGAAAAUGGUCCCUUGAAUUUUGAAUCAAAGCACAGGAUUAGCUUGAACAUCUUGCCUGCAGAGAUUGGUCAUAGGUUCAAAAAUAUUUACAUAACAUGUGCCAACUUUGAGCCUAUUGUAUCAUACCAGCAUAAUUUUCAGAAGGAUGAACCAAAUUCAGUUUGAAUUCUUCACUCUUUCAUCGCAUGAGCAUUAAGGGUCUUGUUAACUUAAAUCUUCCUCAAAAAUUUAUGAAGAGGGAGGGAAUCUUUUUCAGGGAAAAUUACAUAAACCAGGGCUGGCCCUGUAAACAUGAUGACAUGUCAAAUAUCCAUGAGUGUCCAGAUUAAAGUUUGUUGCCAACCCUUUAAAUUGCUAAAAUUUGCUAUUCAUAGUCACAGAAAUGACAUUAUACAACAUUCCAAGUGGAAUUAAGUCAGAUUCUACUUCAAUGAUACUCAAGGAAAUUGACAGGAAUUCAGUAUCGAUGCUUUAUAGCAACAUACCUAUCCGCUUUCUGGCCCCAUUAUUUGCACUAACCCCUCAAAAGGAAAUAAAGGACCUAAUCACAUUGACCAAGAGAGCAUUAGGAAGGUUAUGGAUAUUUUCUAGAACACCAUGCACUAUAGAUCUGUUUAAACUAUUUUGUGGAUGGUCUUUGAAAAGUCUCUCAGUUAUGUUGUUUACUGAAUUGCAUCAUACACAUCAGCAUAUAUAUCAGAUGUGAUGCCAGGUAGUUUAAAAGGCUUAUUUAAGGUUUUUUUUUACAAACCUUGAUUACAUCUAUGAUAAUGAUAGGAAAUCCACACUAAAUUAAAAACAUUGACCCUUGGAUCUAUUGCAGUGUUGCCCCACUCAGGCUUGAGGAAUAUUUUUAUACUCUGUAUUGUUUCUUGGAAUUCUUUUUUUUUUCUCAGUAGUUCAUUUUUUGACAUAAUUUAACUGCUAUGUACACUUUGAAUAAGACAAGAGUAAACAUAAACAAACCAUAAGUGAGAUUUGUCUCUAAAUGAACCAGUGGUGUUCAGAUAAGUUUUAGAUUUACAAUUACUAUGGCAACAAUGGUGUGAUAAUUACAGAGACUUGCUCACUGAUUAUGUUUCACAUCCUUCUACACCUUGAUUUCCUGGAAAACUUCUAAUUUCCCUGCAACAGUGUCUUAUAGGCAAGUUAAGUCUUUUUUGUAACAUAUUUACAUUUAAAUAGAAAUAAGAAUAAAUACUGUCCUGAAUCGCACGUCUGUUGAAAUAAAAAGCUUAGGACAAUAACGAGUCUAUGUAAUGAAGUGUUAAUUACAUCCUAAUUACCAUGAAAAAGGGAUCGCUUUCAAUAAAUGGGGUCUCAUCGCGCUUGAGUUGUUUUUGUUCAAUAAUCUGAUUAAUCCUGCAGGUGAUAUACUUUACAACACAAAGCCCGUUGCCAAGCAACCGUCUUACAUUCUUCAUUGACAGAAAACGAAUCGUUUGUUGCAUUUUUACAAACAAUCGAACCAAAGUAAAUCGAAGCCUGAUCGCAGCUCGUUCCUUUUCUUACUCGAAAUUCACGUAAAAUGGGCGAUUACCCCGGUAGCGGAUACAAAAUGUCUUCAUACGGUCUUAAACUUUACAAUCCUCAAGAAACUGUGGGCCAGUGGACACAAUGUUGUAAGGUACAACACACCUGCGUGAGGAAACAGACUGCAAUGUGUUAUUUUGUUGUUGGUUGUGGUUUGGGCGAAGAAGCUAACCUUUUCCACUUUUUAUUGAUUUUAGCGCGAAGAUGCAAUCAGGAAGAACCAUGUUGUCACUACAGGCGGAGAAGGUGUAACAGACUCGUGGAAAGUCGAGAGACCAAAAUCUUUAGAUCUUGCACAAGAUACCAGCUAUUUCCUUGCCAAGACAUUGGUAUGUUUGAUGUUACUUUUGCCUCGCCAGUUCCCCCUUUUUUGAAGAUUCGUGCGUAUGAAGUGUGAAAUGUUCUCUUAUUAAGUUCAUGUUAUUGACAGAAAUAAUUUACCGUUAUCUGCUGUUGUGAGAACGGUACAUUAGCGUAGCCUGACAGCACGAAUUUUUGUUAGAUUAAAUGGUUUCUGUUACCAGAAGUUUGCCGUCAGAUCUGUCUCCAGUUUGCAGGGUAUGUUGGUGACGAAAUGAUGAAUUUGCAUUUUUCUUUGCGUUUUCUCUUUUUCUGAGUACCUGAUUUCUCAUCUACCCUAAAUUUGAGAAACAGAAAAUAUUCUUACGGUAAAGGUGUAAGUUUUUCUCACCUAAUUUCAAUCAGAGCUCGGCUUUACCUUUUCAUGUAUGGAUUUACUUAUCGUUAUCUUGUUUUUUCUUGUAGCAUCAAAGACCUUCUACAUACGAUCGAAUAAAUCAUGUUGUUGAGGGAUACGAUCAAAAACUCCACCGUGACGACAGAGAACACGCAAAGUCACGAGGACUUACUGUCAAUAGAGAGGUAAGUUUUAGUCUUUUUUGUUUUGUUUUAUUUUUGUGUUUAUUUCUUAUCUCUAAUUCGUUUGUAGAGGCCCCCUGUUCGAAAUAUAAAUUUGUCAGAGUACUUCUCUUGAUGAGUCCAUUAUAGACUAAACAAUGUUGAAUACAUUAUGAAGAAUUGAGAGCGAGGGUUUGAUUUGCUCGGAAAUUGGAUCUGCUCUGAGAAUUGGAGUAUGAUUUUGAUAUACCGGUACUUAGGGAAGUGAGGCAGCGGGAGGCGCUUACUCGAGAAGGGCGCUCACCCGGGGGAGGGCGCUAAUUAGAGAGUUAGCGGUUAUUCGAGGAAAUACUGGUACAAAAAAUUGCAAAAUGGAAUUCGUUUUUUUUCAACUCAAGUGUAUUACCCUUUUUUUUUUUUCUGUUUUUUUGUUUUUUUUUUUGCAAGUAACUCUCACUUUAGUUGGGAAAAGUCAGUCUCUAUGCAUAUUCAGCUCAGUGGGAACGUCUCAGUGACAAGAACACAUACGUAUGGGGAUUUCCUUCUUGAGUGAAUCUUAUUUUUGUUGUUUAUCACCUUAUUAGGAGAUCAGGGUGCCAGUACCUGCGCGGUCCUCGUCUGUGUACGGCCAUCCGCGACUGAAACCUCUAGAGUUCACAGACCGGAAACACGUCAGAGUAGAAAUUUGUAAAAAAGACUUCCUUAGGUUAGGAGGAACCAACAUUGGAGAUGCUGACUAAUAUUUGACUCUUACAUCAAAGAAAUCUUCCACUCACUCAACAGCCCAAGAAGUUGUAAUCUAUGACGUAUCUUAAUUCUUAUGUUUGAAUAUUGCGGCGCGACAGAUGCGAGCGCGGGAUCCCAGUGAAAUUCAUUAAAAAUGAGAAAUGGCUUAAUAUUACAAAUAUCGUUGCUGAAACCCUGAAUAGUGAUUCGUAGAAGUUCACAUGUGAUGACGUUUACGUGAGAUAUAUUGGAGUAUAGUUUCAAUAUAUUAUAUGGAAUUUCUUUUUCUUAAAAGUAGCUUGGAGGAACCUUGAAAAGUUCACACCUGCCGCUUACUUUUUUAGUUUGUUUGUUUGUGCGCUGGUUUAAUUUAUUGUAGUCAUCCCCAAGCGGUAACCUUUUCACAAGGAAACUGGGUUUUAUAAUACAGCUGUUCUGUUCAAAGUUGCUGGCGCAAAUGUGGCACAAAUGUCAGUCUUCUAUCGAUAAUAAUAGCUUAGGACAUCAGGUGUUUGUUUGAAUGUUUACUGAAGUAACUCUGGUCUUUUUUCUGUUUGAUAUAUUCGAACUUUUAGUAAUUUUUAGUCAGAAGUAGCUUAAAUCGUUCUGCUUUUAGGCGUCUAUCAUUUCAUCCCUUUUGUGGGAUGAAAAAUUAAAUUAAAUUAAAAAAAGGGAUUCGUCUACAGACAGUUUGGCUUAAAUUUGGCCUGAAGUAACGUCAGCUUGACGGAACCGAAUGAAAAUAUCAGUCAAUGACUACAAAAGCUUCAAACGAACAUUCAAGCCGUACUUUUCUUUUUCCAGUGAUAGACAGAAAAUAAAAAAACUAAUGAAGAAUUCCUCCCGAGUAAUGCAGUGUACACCUUUCUGUAGUCACAGGACCAAAUAAACUGAGACGUACUUUCCAUUCCUCACAGAAUGAGUUAUUGUAGGUUUUCGUAGGAGGUCGUUUGCACAACACUUAAUUUAAUUGUACGUAAAUAAAGCGGUAGAUAG